AUGGCCACAGCUGCUUCCAGCCCCUACACCCUGCUCAGCUCCAGUCCAAUGAUCCACCCGGACAGCCAGGCCAUGCAGCCUGCUAGCCCCUACAGAGGACACCAGAAACUCCUCCAGACUGACUACCUGCAGAGCAUCCAGAGCAACGGACACCCCCUCGGGCACCAGUGGGCGAGCAGCCUGUCGGAGGGCAGCCCCUGGUCGUCCUCCAUGGAGCAGCAGGACAUCAAACCAGGCCGGGAGGACCUGCAGCUCGGCAUCAUCCAUCACCGGUCCUCGCACGUAGCGCAUCACUCCCCUCAUCACAACAACCAUGGUAACCACCCGGGAGCAUGGGGAACUCCCGUGUCCCACAACUCCUCCAUCACCAGCGGGCAGCAGAUCAACAUCUACUCCCAGACGGGCUUCACUGUCAACGGCAUGCUGGACCACGGCGGGCUCACGCCUCCACCCAACCAGCAGGGCCAAGGCAUGCACCCGGGCCUCAGGGACACGCUCAGCCCAGAGCACAGCGACCUCGGCGGGCACCACUGCCACGACCACUCCGACGAGGAGACGCCGACCUCGGACGAGCUGGAGCACUUUGCCAAGCAGUUCAAACAGCGGAGGAUCAAGCUGGGCUUUACGCAGGCGGACGUGGGGUUGGCUCUGGGCACGUUGUACGGGAACGUCUUUUCCCAAACCACCAUCUGCAGGUUCGAGGCUCUGCAGCUGAGCUUUAAAAACAUGUGCAAACUAAAGCCGCUGCUGAACAAGUGGCUGGAGGAGGCGGACUCGACCACGGGCUGCUCGAGCAGUAUAGACAAGAUAGCAGCUCAGGGGAGGAAGAGGAAGAAGAGGACGUCCAUCGAGGUGAGCGUGAAGGGGGUGCUGGAAACGCACUUCCUCAAGUGUCCCAAACCCGCCGCGCAAGAGAUCACGGCGCUGGCGGACUCGCUGCAGCUGGAGAAGGAGGUGGUGCGCGUGUGGUUCUGCAACCGGCGGCAGAAGGAGAAGCGCAUGACACCGCCGGGGGAGCAGCCGCCGCACGAGGGACCCUACUCGCACAGCGGGAGCGCGGGGGACGCGUCCUCGUGUCACGAUCUCUGA